UAUAAACAGGGGGGCCACUGGGAGGGCAGCUGGAAGAGGAUAUUUCCAAGGAAAGAGACAAGGACAAAUUCAUAGGCGAACAUGUUGAAUGCUUUGCUGCUGAGCUGGGCCAUGCUGCAGGGAUUGCCCACCACCUUGGGUACCCAGCCCACUCAGCAAUACCCAGAGGCCAUCGGCUCCAGACUGAGUAGGUCAAGUCAGGCUCUGUACCCUGGGCUCCUGCUCUCAGCCCCUGCCGCCUCUCUAGGACUUUCAGGCCCUGGUAUACAGCCAGAACUGGAGCAGAUGGCAUCAGAGCUGGCAGAAGAAUCCCUCAUGCAAGACACUGAGGCUCUGGCACCUGGGAUGCCGGGUCCCAUGAGUCGCGAAGAUCGCUCCCCGCGCCGCUGUGUUCGCCUUCUCGAGUCCUGCCUGGGUCACCAGGUUCCCUGCUGCGACCCGUGCGCCACCUGUUACUGCCGCUUCUUUAACGCCUUCUGCUACUGCCGCAAGAUCAGCACCAACUACCCUUGUAGCCACAAUUAGUUGGGCUAGGCUGAGGGGGCAGAGGGAAGUCAGACAUGUACAAGCACCAAUAAAGGCUCCCUAGAGCAAAGCUGGAAACCCGUGGCUAUGAGGCUUUUUCUUAAUCCAGGAUCUAGGGGUUCUGGCCAAAACAGGAGCAAACUUUGCGCUCAGGGAUGUACUUCGGGAACUCUGGUGGCAGAGGCAGGGCGCUGACCUGAGAUUUCCUGAUUGGCAAACAGGACUGGGGAUGGGUAGAUGGGGAGCAGGCACUAUCUCCGCUGGGGGCAACCUUCCUGAAACAGGUCCUUGUCCACGCACUUAUCCUUCCCCGCAUAUCACCUCUUCUGAUUUAGCCAAUAACAACUACUCGAAUUUCCGUAGAGCUUUAAGUUUUCCAAAAUACUCCAUCAAAAACCAAAAACACCUUUGGGGAGGAUAGGUAGUAUAAUUAUCUCCAUUUUACAAAUGAGAAAGAUAGGGUUCAGGGAAGUUAGUAUGCCAUUUGGGUGACAUUUGAACCCACCACAUUCUGACCGACUAGAUGCCUUUUCCCUAACUGCACACUUGACCCUUUACCUAUCCACCUCACUUCUACCACAAACUCAGCACAUCAGCACCUUGGCCUUCUUCUUCCCAGCACUUGAAGAAAAGUAUAUCUAUGUAUUUAUUAAGAGCCUUCGAUCUUGACCAAUAGCAUUAGGUGCACUGGGAGAGAUACAAGCAUGACCUAUAGAUUUGGAAGGUACCUGAAAUCAAAUUCCUAAGCCCCUCGACAACAUGCUUGACAACUUGUCAUCCAGCCUUUGCUUGCAACUGGGUGACACAGUAAAUAGAGCCCAGGACUUGGGAAUCAGCAAGACUCAGACAGUCCUUAGCUGUGUAUGACCAUGGGCACGGCAGUUCUCUGCCUCAACUGACUCAGCUGUAAAGCGGGGAUAAUAAUACCACCUAACUCAAGAGUUGUCUUGUGGACAAAAUGAGAUAAUACUGGCAAAAUGCUUUGCAAAC